CACAUGGCAGCGCUGUCUAGAGUGAGAUGACGUCAUCACACGCGACUGUAGUAUAAGAGAUGUGUCGGCCGGAGCGCUCGCCAUUUGCUCGUUGACUGUGGAGUGCAUCAGUAGUAGUCGAACGUAGCUAUGGAGCCAUUCUACUCGCUGCUGUGUUUCGUGGGACUGUCGAGUGUUUGUUCAAGCAAUGGAGCUUUGGACAUCAUUGGGAUGCUGUCAGCAGAGAUAGCCGUGAUGAUUCUCAGGCUUGUAAUGACGGUCAUCUUGAAUCGCACGCUCAGCUCAGGUGACCAGUACGGGUGCUGCUCUUCACAUUCGUGUGUGUGUGUGUGGGGGGGGGGGGGGGGGAUCACCAUGAGAGAGGCUAGCAAGCUUGGAGCUUUCCUCACAUGGAAGCUGGACGGCCCUUCGCUGUUGGCAGCAAGUGAAGUCAGCUCUCGCUGGCUGAGCCUCGUCCAGUCGGACUGUGUGCUGGGGCGUAGGCUAAGGAGACAGAAGAAGAUCGAGAGGCGCCUUCGCGAGGCCCGGGUGUUCGCUGUCGGCUGCCAGCCGCUGAGGACACCGCACGCCGUGCAGGAACCACUCGCAGGACGGAACGGGCGAUUCACCACCCCAAGACCCGACAAUGGUGUGCAGCUGUUAGCGGCGCCUCUAGGGGUGCACAAAGCCGUCAAGAGGAAGAGCUCCUGCACCCUGCAGUCGGCCAAGCAGAGGUUUGCAGCGGAUCGUCGUGUUGUGAAGUCAGACGUCACGGUGCAGACUGUGAGGAAGUCUAUGAGGCUCUGACAACUCUGUAUUCUAUUUGGCCAAUAAAGUCUCUUAACCAAA